CUUUUAAAUAUUAAUUGACUAUUAUAAAUUAUUUCAUUACAAUGAACAGUUUUAUACAAGAAGUAAAAUAUAUUUCCAUGCAAUGCACAAGACAAGUGUAAUGAUAGUUUAUAACCUGUUAAACUGUAUUUAAUUGUAAGCACUAAAUACGCAAAUUUUGGACUUACCACACUCAUUCGAAAGCUGCCGGAUUUGAACAAUCAACGAACCAAAUUACAUGUUUGACAAAUACGUUGUUCCAACCUAACUAUUUGUCCCAACGUCAUUAUCUUCAUCUGCACUUGAAAUACCCCAACAAAAAAAGUUGCAUACUAAAUUCCGAGUCUCCCUUAAAUAGAGCAUAAAUUCUUUUGCUUAUUCACUCCCACAACUGUUGUCCUUUCUUAAACAACAUCUGGAAAUGGCAGAGGCCUUUGUUUCGAUUCUGAUACAUAAUCUUAGGUAUCUGCUCGAAGAAGAGAUCGGAGUGAUCAUGGGCGUAGACAAAGAGAUGAAGAAGCUGCAAAGCACUCUCACCACAAUCCAAUCAGUUCUUGAAGACGCAGAAGCCAAACAGUUCCACAACAAAUCCAUCCACAACUGGCUCACCAAGCUCAACGUUGCCGCCUUUGACAUCGAGGACAUACUCGAUGAGUGCAGCACCGAGGCUUCCAAGCUGCCCACCAAAUUCAACCUCAAAAAGAUCCUAUUUAGCCGCAAGAUGGGGAGAAGAAUCAAAGACAUGACUCACAGACUCGAUCAUCUCGCUGCAGAGAGGAACAACUUCCAUUUGUCUGAGAUUGUCGCACCUCAGGAGGUCGACUGCAGACGUGAGUCGGGAUCAGUUUUGAUUGAGGGUGAUCAUAUCUAUGGAAGAGAUGAAGAUAGAGAGAGCAUUAUGGAGGUGUUGCUGAACCAAGAAUCCAAGCUCUCUGUCUUGCCAAUCGUUGGCAUAGGAGGCCUUGGGAAGACAACGCUUGCUCAGUUAGUCUUCAAUGACGAGAGAGUAACUCGUCAUUUUGAAGAUAAAUUGUGGGUUUGUGUUUCUGAUAAUUUCUGUAUCAAGUUCUUGAUUGAGGCCAUGAUACAGUCCGCCACCGGAAGCGCUUCAAAUCUGGUGCAGCUAGACGCGCUGCAGAGCCGCAUCCGUGAGGUUUUGAAUGGGAGGAGAUACCUAUUGGUGUUGGAUGAUGUGUGGAGUGACAAUCAAGAAGACUGGGCUAAGCUUAGAAGCAUUCUAGACUGUGGUUCCAAUGGUGCUUCGAUUGUUGUCACCACGCGAUUGAGGAAAGUGGCGGAAGCAAUGGGAACGCUUCCGCCAUUUUCCCUGAAAGGGUUGUCCGAGGAGGACCUCUGGUCGCUGUUUAAGUUAAGAGCGUUUGGGCAAGAGCAAGAGAGCGAGGCCUUUCCUGGAUUGGAAACUAUAGGCAGGAAAAUAGUGAGAAAGUGUGGCGGAGUUCCUCUGGCAGCCAAGGCGCUAGGAGGGCUUCUCCGGUUUAAGAGGAGAGAAAAGGAAUGGAUUCAUGUCAGAGAGAGUGAGAUAUGGGAAGAAGAAACCAUGAUCAUGCCUGCUCUAAGGCUGAGCUACCAUCACCUCCCUCUACAAUUGAGGCAAUGUUUCGCUUAUUGUGCAGUCUUUCCUAAAGAUUACGAGAUUGAGAAACAAGAUUUGAUCUUCCAUUGGAUCGCUCUCGGAUGCAUCAAGCCAAACAGAGCAGAGGAGGUGGAAGACGUUGGUGAACGGAUAUGGAAUGAAUUGGUUUUGAGAUCCUUCUUCCAUCAAGUCAAGGAACUAUUUACAUCAACGACAACAACACUAGAAAUAUUAACAACGACAAUAACAACAACAGCGAAGAUGCACGAUCUUGUUCAUGAUCUAGCUCAGUCGAUAUUGGAGAACAAAGUUCCUGGAUCAAGCUCAAACGCCUCAAAUAACAAAGUGAGAAAGGUAUAUUUCACUAAAUAUUAUUGGGAAAAUUGUUGUUCUAGCAUUUCACUGAAUGUGCCCACACUGUCCACAAUUAUGAGCUAUCCUCGAUUGAGAAUUCUCAAGCUAAAUUGGGCAAGAGUGGAAACCCUACCAAAGGCAAUAGCCAAAUUGAAACACUUGCGCUAUCUUGAUCUAUCAAGCUCCCAAAUUUGCAUUCUCCCACCUACUUUCUGCAACCUUUGGAAUCUGCAAAUUCUCAUCAUAAAUGAUUGCAUCCUUCUCGAAGCUUUGCCAAAAAACAUCAAAUACAUGACGAAUCUUCGUCAUGUAUUCCUAGAUGGAUGCCCCAAGCUGAGUGACAUGCCUUGCGGAAUCAAGGAAUUGACUCAUCUAAAGACGCUCACUCUGUUCAUAGUCGGUAACAAAGCAGGAAAUCAGCUUGAUCAAUUGCAGCUGUUGAAGAUCGGAGGAAGGCUUGAAAUCCGACAUCUGGAGAGAGCAAAGAGCGAAUUGACGAGAGCAAAGCUAGUUGAGAAGCCAAACCUAGCUCAUCUAAUCCUCAAUUGGGAAGGCGAAUCUGCGGAGGCAAUGGAUGAGAAGGUUCUGGAAGGCUUGGAACCUCACCCAAAUCUCGAGUGUUUGCAAAUAAGUGGCUACAAAGGAAGGUAUGCUCCAGUUUGGAUGAAGAAGAUGGAGAAUUUGAGUCAAUUGAAUAUGAGAUUUUGCAGAAAUUUGUCGCGUCUGCCAUUACUCGGUGAUCUGCCUCGUCUAAAAUCUCUGUAUCUAUGGGGCAUUGAUGCGUUGGAGUACAUAGUGGAUGAAAAUGGAAGUCGGAAUUCGAAAUUUGCAUCGUUAGAGCGGCUGAGGAUUGCGAAUCUGCCGAAUCUGAGGGGAGCGGUGGAGGGAGAUGCGGCGGUGGGGUGUUCCAGAAUGUUCGAGAGCUGUAUAUAAAGGAUUGCAAUUUGCGUGAUCUGGAUCUGCAUCUGCCGUCGCUGCGAUCGCUCAGAUUGUGGAACCUGUGUGAGCUGAGUGCGCUGCCGCGUGAGGUGGGGUCGCUGUCGGAGUUGGUGAUUCGGCAGUGCCCGAAGCUGGUGGCGCUGCCGCCGUCGCGGAUGCCGAAGCUGACGUCGCUUGCGAUAUUCGACUGCCCGCAGCUGGCGGCGCGAUGUGUGAAAGACGAGGGUGAGGAGUGGGAGAAGAUUGCCCAUAUUCCCCAUCUUUUGAUUAGGUAACGUUUCAACGCCCCACUUAUUCCUUCUUGUUUCUUCAUUUUAUUUGUAAUUUGCAUGCGGUCUCAGUUGCACCACAAUACUAAUUCAAUAGCCAAAAUAUUAGUAUACACUACCUCCAUCUCACACAACAACCAUAUUUGACUCGACACGAAUUUUAAGAAAGAUUGGAAAAAAUGAGUUAGAAAAAUUUAGUCUCUAGGACUUCAUUCUUUUAAGAGUAAAGGCUAAAACUGGUCCUGAACAUAUGGUCAUUUUACGAUUUUGAUUCUAAACUUUAUCUUUUGAAUUUUUUGGUCCUGUACCUUUUAAAUCGGAUCACAAUUGGUCCUCCGUUUACAAUUCCGUUAAUUUUAUAAUAGUCAACGGGUUUAACCCAAUUUUGACCGAUUAAAGCUCUUAAUUAUGAUUUUUAACUCACUAAUUAUAUCAUUAAUUAUUAUUCUAAUUUAUUACUCCUAAUAAAGCAAAACAAAUAUAUUAACAAUAAAUAUACUAAAAACAAAUGAAAUUAAAAUAACAAAAUGAAAUUAAAACAAAUUCCCUAACCCUUAGCUAAAAAUGAAUAGUCUUCUCCCUCUCCCAUCUCCCUCCUGCGACGAAUAACCCUCCAUCUCCCUCCCCCUCACUUCGAUCGCCGGCGAAUCUCAUUCCUGGACGAGGGAUUAGAGUAGUUCUCGACGAAGCCUUGUACUUGACUAACCCUUUCUUGUGCCCAAACGAAGAAACCCUAACCCAACGAACAAAGAAACCCUAAAUGGAGAAGGGGAACGACAAGGAGAAGGAGAACGAGAAGGAUGCAAAUGAAGUUGGUCCUUCCACUGAAAAUCCACCUCCUCCGAGUGAAAACACACGACCCCGACUGAUACUCGACCGCCACUACCACCUGCUUCUCAAAAUCGACCGCCACCGUCUCAGGAUCCUUAUCGUGAAGGUCAUUGAAAUCAAUCAACUUAAAAUCACAGACCUUAUCAAAUCUAUUGGCCUCAAAAGUCUUCAAGCACGACGCCUUAUACUCAGAGAGCGAGUCCUUCUCCACGGCGGCGAUCUCCGCCAACGCCUAUGCAACCGCCUUCCUCGGGGCCCAGUCAUCACUGCUCAGGAAAUCCACCAAUAAAUUGAGCAAAUUCCAGACCACAUUCCCCGCACCGACACGCAGCACUCCCUCCACCGCAACAACAUUCCCCACCAGUGCAAGAAGUGACGGCUUCGCCUUGAAACAGUCACUCUUCGCCAGCUUCUCGAUCCUCGCGGCGUCAGGACUCCUCAAUCCUCUAAUCGCCGCCGCCAGGCACAGCGCCGCGCCCGUCUGCGUGCUGGAAUCCUGCUCCGUGAACAUAAUUAUUAACUUAAUCCGGUCAAAAUCGAAUUAAGAUUCGUUGACCGUUAAAUUUUAACAGUUCCAUCAAAUUCGGACCAA